CAAAGUCAAACUGCGUAAACAAAUGCGCUAGAUUAUAUUUCAUAAUUUAGAAAGUACUAAUAUACUUUUGGUAUUGAUAGAAAACGUAAAAUAUUGAAUUAACUACAUAGAUUAUAAUAAAAAUACAAACAAUGACGCUAAGUUCUAUAACACUUGGAGACGUAGUAAGUGGUGCGGUGUUUUCUGGUAGCAAGAAAGUGGAUAUGGAUGCUGUUCUACCGUUUAUGAUCCUGCCACUGCUGCUUAUAACGGCAACCACCUCCUUUACUGUGACGGUCAUCGUUAUGGUGGUCAUAGCUAUGGGUACUUUAUACGUACUAUCAAGACCAAGGGCUAAGAACAGAUCACCAUUUUUCUUUUCAUGGACAUUGUCUUCAGGUGUAACUAUGUACUUGGUGUACCAGAUUCAUGUACUGAAGUCCUAUCAGAUAACUAUGUUGGAGAACUUUGGUUUCUUGAUGUUUACUUUGUGCACUGGAUACUUCUUCUAUCGUUUGAAAGCAGUAGCUGAAUAUGAAUUAACAGGAGCAUCGAAAGGGAAGGAUUAUAGUCCAGUCUUAACUUCGGACUCGCAUUAUUGUCCAAUAUGCCAAAUUGAAGUUAAUGAAAAGUUCUUCCAUUCAAUUUGGUGGGAUUGUUGUGUGUUUAGACCAAAUUAUAGCUAUUUUCUAGUGGGUCAAGUCUUUGCAUUGAUUACUCUCCUGUACGGAACAAACUUAGGUUUGACAUUUGCCUGCCAUCCUUUUGUGUUCUAUGGAAACAUUUUAUUGCCAGAGAGCUGUGAUCAUGUUUAUGAAUACUAUAAUUCUGCAAUAGUUUUUGUAACCUGCAUAUAUGGAUUGGGUUAUGCGCUGGUCAUCAUUUUGGUUUUAAUUCACCAACUAAUGGUCUACAUUCCAAAAUAUACAGAGUUGCAGUGGCGAAAAUAUGUUAAUGUACUGAAUGUCUGAAGAUUAAAAUUUGGUUUUAAAAUGAACAUGCAUGAGACUGAAUGAAUUCCUUGUUCUUUAUGGAAAAGAGUUGCAUAACUUUAAAGUUUAAAUUAAUCAUGACGUAACUAGUUAUCACAGAAUGUCCACACACUAGUUAUUAGAUAUUAAAUUUAAAGAAUGGCUUAAGUCUUAAGUACCUGCAAUGAGCGAGUGAUAUUAUUAGCCUGCCUUAACAAGUAGAUUAUUAGAUAUAUCACUAAAUACGCAAUAAAUACUGCAUAGAUAGAAACAAAGAAAUAUUCUUUAUUUGUAAGGUAUAUUUAAGUAUGUUUACAAGAUUCUGUACAAAAAAAUCUAAUAUAAAUGUGGUACUAACAAUUAAUUAGGCACUAACACAAGCAAUUUUUGGUUCAAAGCAACUAAUUCUACACAAUAAUAUUUGCCACUGAUUUCUCUUAUGUUUUAUAAGUCAAAUAUUAUUUAUGACAAUAAAUUUUAUUAUUAUUCACUAAUUUACCUACUGAUACUUUGAGUACGCUAAAAUGACAAUACAGAACAUACAAUCUAA